GGAUGAAGACAAAUUUUUCAGAGACACAGGGUGAUAGUCGAUUGUCAAAGCUUGAUAAUCGAUUAUCCAAAGAUUCCCUGUCCAAAAAUUUAAAAUUCUAUCCGUUGGAGGACAACGGUAACCCAGAUAAUCGAUUGUCAACAAAACGAUCUUCUCACUUCCUUUCACCAACCACCCGUAAUAAUUAUUAUGGAUAACCCUAGUGGUUAUUACGAUCCGCCUUCUUUCUACCAAUCACCUAACCGCCCUCCGUUUCAAACCCAUCCACCUUACCACCCGCAUCAGAACCCAUACGAUGAUGACUACCAAGUCGACUACUAUCCCUACCAUAAGGAACCACCAUAUGAUACCCCAUCUGAAAACUUUGGAUAUUCUCCGUACCAAGACUCUGAUGGGGAAGAUCAUUAUGAACCUCAUGGUGAUCACGAUGACUAUGACCGCAAUGGGCCUAUAUACGACGAUCAAGCUGAUCCGCUUGUCGAAGAAAUAAUAAGAUUAGAACAGAAAAUCUUCUAUUUCGACGAAGUUUUAUUCGCUGAAGGCUCCUGGUAUGAACCACCCUACUCCCGUGACUAUACCCUGUUUGCCAAAGAACAAAUUGAAGCAAACAAGGUGGCAAUUCGAGAAAGAGCAAAACUUCUUGAAUCAGUCCGGAAGGAAAAGGAGUUUGAAAGGAGAUUAUGCAAAGGAUCAGAUAUGAUGCAGAAAAUGCUGGAUGACUUCCAAAGAGAGAGACUAGAAGCCGAGGCUAAAGCUGAUAAAUUAGUCAAUGAUCUCUGUAAGGCUGUUGAACUUAAACGCUCCUUCCAAUCUCAAGAUCCACAAUUGGAGGAAGUUAAUGCUCAAAACGAGGCUCUAGAACCCAAGACCAACCCUGAACCAUCCAACCAUCAGGUGCCAGUUCUAGAGGAUUUACCCGGUUUUACACCAUCACAGAAACCCGAGAGCAUAACAACUCUCGCUAGGGCUACUGUGGUGAUGUUACCUAAAUCCCUUCCUAGCCAAGUCACAACCAGCAUAGUCGUACAUGAGGUGGAACCAACUGAGAUACCUGACUCAAAACCACCUACGCUCAUUCAAGAAAAGGAGGAGGAAGUGUUGCCUACAGCAAUAAGCGACCAUCUCCUUAAUUGUGUUCAAGACACACCUCCAGAGGAACCUGUUCUGGAGAAAGUAGAACCCAUUACCUGCCCCCAAGAUUCAAUUAAGUCCGAGCAGGAAUCUACAGACAAGGAAGUACGUUGCUCUGAUGAACUAAAUUCGUUUAUAGAAACAUGCACAACUAAUAAUUCAUCUGAAGCCUCAGACCAUACUUUCUUUGAUUCCCUACUGGACGAGUAUGACUAUGUCUGCUUGAAGGAUGGUUGGAACUUAAAGAGUUGGGACGAACUUCUAAUGAGUGACGACGAGGACUCUUCCUUGGGGGAGGGUACGAUCAUAAUCAUCAAACCACAAAUGGAUAGUCAGCCAAUUGAAGAUAAGGAAGAAAUCAAUUUCGUAAUCAAGGCUAACGAUGUGGAUCUAUUGAGGAGACUUCCGCCCCCACCCACCUAUACAGAGUCUCCUCCUUAUACCCUGUUGCCACCAAGCCGCAGGGAUGAGUCAAGGAUCCUGGGCCUUGACCGAGCAAAAGUUCCAACAGGGUGGCAUCAGAAGAGAGUCAAAAGGGCCAAACUUUAUUACUCUCGAAUCGGAAAGUCGCGGAAAAAGUGGACCCUGCUGUUCCUGCAAGCGCCAGCAAGCCUGGAAGUCACCAUUGAGUUUCUUUGCUCUCUCCGCUUCCACAAUGACGGAGAGGAAGUAAAGUCAACAGCUGAAGUCACCUCCACCACCAAGGUCACAUUCACUCGAAUGGGUCGACUGCUGAGCCUUACUGUGGCAGACUUAGGGUGGCUGAUUGGUCUUCACACACUUGACGAGACGCGGAGCUUGGCCUUUGCGAAUCUACCCGACCAGUUGGAUCCGGAGUUCGAUGUGAGGAAGUUCUGGCAAGCUCACGGGUAUGGACGAUAUCACAGUGGAGCAAGCAUAGCCAGGAAUUGGGUGCGUCCGUCUUGGAGGAUUUUACACCAUGCAUUGACUCACAGCUAUUUGGGCCGUUCUCGUGACUCCGAUGUAGUGUUUGAUUCUGAUAUGCUAUUUUUCUGGAGUCUGGAAGCGCGCGUACUAGUCAAUUUAGCAACUUUUGUGGCCCGAUUCCUAUUUGCUCAGUCGACUAGCAACCACCAGUUUGUCUUGUGUGGGCCAAUGGUUACGCUUCUGGCCCGAGGAUUAUGUAUGACAGUCCCUAAUGUUCUCCCAGAGGCUGCAAGCAUAUUCCGACCAUCGACGAGGUAUUUAAUCCAGAUCGCUUAUAAUAAGAAGGACAAGGAGGCACGCCCCAAAAAGCAGCAUAGAAUUCCCAUGACCCUCCGCGAGCUUUCACAGGCUAUGUUUGCAUUCCAGGAUUCUGUAGACUCUCGCUUAAGGAGCAUGGAGACACUCCUCCUCACGCAACAAUGGCAGGUGGAGGAAAUACUUGAAUACACCCGGGAACAAGGAACAGAGAAGGCUGAGCAUGGGGCAAGUCCGAAACAAGGAAAACGUCAGGGAUA